AUGAACUCCACACAGGUGUCAUAUUUCAUCCUCGCUUCCUUCUAUGAUGUCGGCGUUUUCAAGUAUUUAUAUUUCAUCCUCAUCAUGUCUCUGUAUAUUUUGAUAUUUUGCACCAACCUGCUGCUCAUCGUGGUGAUCUGCAUGAACAGAAGCUUACAUGAGCCUAUGUACCUGUUCCUGUGCAGCCUGUUUGUGAAUGAACUGUAUGGUAGUGCAGGCUUGUUUCCGUUCCUUCUGCUGCAGAUUCUCUCUGACGUUCACACUGUUUCUGCUUCCUGUUGCUUCCUGCAGAUCUUCUGCGUGUUCUCUUAUGUUUGUGUGGAGUUUUUGAGCUUAGCCGUCAUGUCUUACGACAGAUAUGUUGCGAUCUGUCAUCCUCUGCAGUAUAACUCACGUAUGACAUCGAGAAAGGUCGCCCUGCUUGUUGGUGCGACGUGGUUGUUCCCUAUUCUUACGAUUGUUGCUUUGAUAUCGUUGACUCUGCCUCUGCAGCUGUGUGGAAACAUCAUUAACAGAGUUUACUGUGGGAACUACGCCGUGGUUAAACUGGCGUGCUCCGACACCCGCCUGCACAACAUCUACGGACUCAUUUACGCUUUUAUCGCCGUUAUCAUCCCUCUCAUUUUGAUCAUUUGCACGUACAUAAAGAUUCUGAAGUUGUGUUUUUCUGCUUCCAAACAGACGCGACAGAAAGCCGUCAGCACCUGCACGCCUCACCUGGCCUCCCUGCUCAACUUCUCUUUCGGCUGCUGUUUUCAGCUGUUACAGGGCAGAUUCGAUAUGAGCAGUUUACCGAACACGUUGGGCAUUUUAUUGUCCCUGUACUUUCUCACGUGCCAGCCUCUCUUCACUCCAGUGAUGUACGGGCUUAAAAUGUCCAAAAUCCACAACAUAUGCAAGCGUUUGCUGUUUGGUUAG